AUGGCUCCCAGUCUCGAGUUUGCCUUCACUCUCGAAGUCGACCUCCCCCCCGCAUUGGAUUUCGGCAACACCCACUGUGGCCACAGACGGUUUAUCCCCAUCACCGGCGGGACCGCUCAAGGCCCAAAGCUCAAAGCAACUAUUCUUCCAGGGGGCGGCGACUGGAACGCUCUCCGAGAAGACGGCAUGGGUCAUGUGUUUGCGAAAUAUACCAUCCAGGCCGACGACGGUGCAUUAAUUAGCGUCACAAAUGGUGGAUCCGAAAUACAAGAAGCCCGAUCUGAGUCAAGAUAG